GCAAAUUUACUGAAUCCAGACUCUUCUGGAUCAGCAAGUCUUUGAUCUUCAUCUACUGCUCAAGAUGGUAAUCUUGCCGAUCAUGGAGCUGCUCAACGUGUCCAAUCGUCAACACUAGACAGCACAUUGCAAGAACAACAUCAGGCUUCAUCAUCUCAAGCUUCCACAUCAAGAUCAUCUUGUUCGAUAAGAGAGCAGGAGUUUAGGCGGUUGUUUGCACCGUAUAAUCGAGCUAACAAUGGAAAGAUGUUUUCUCAUCCACCAGCAAAACGUGGUCGAUCUAAUUCGUAGGGGCAACAAGGUCGGUGUUGCAAACCACAAGAGACUUGGACUCACGAUUUUUUUUGUCUGGCAAACCAUGAGCAAGAUUGUGUGCCUACUAGAAUGGAAAAAAUUAAAUUACAAAAAGCUGGUCUUGGGCGUAAACGUAUUUCUUUCGAUAAAGAUUCAAAUGCAGCCAAAGUGAAGGCAAAAUUAGAAGAGAUCUAUGCCCGGCUGGUAUCAGGCGGUGGUUUUGAGAUAUUAAGGAGUGGUUUAUCACCCAAAGAUUUGUAUCUUGUUACCCCUCCACUAAAUAUUGGAUAUACUGUCCACUUUCUUCGUGAUAGUUCUGGCCUAGGGCAGGCAAUUGCAUAUAUUAGACCAGUUCAAGCUGAUCUAGAUUCCUCAUCCUUGGAAAUGGGUGAUCAUGCUCCUGCAGGAGAUGCUCCAGAAAACAAGGAUAUGUCUAUUGCACCAACAGUGAAAUGCUUAAAUUGCUCAGUGCAGAUUCCAAUGAAUUCAAUCAGGAAUCAUAUAGUUGAAUGUGGAAUGGACAAUCACCAUAAACAAUUUAAGAAGGUCAAGAUCAAUGCAAGUUUUUCUGGAACUCCAUUAAUGUCUGAACUGCAUGAAAUGUUUCCUGACCUUCAUGAUACUGCCAAAGAAGAAGCUGUAAGAGUUUGUGAGGGAGACAUUGAAGUGUCAGUUUCAUCAUUGUUGGAUCACAGCAAAGGAAUAUUACUUAAAGAGGAGAUGCCUAAUUAUGGUGUUGUUGAUAGCACAGACUCAGAUUCAGAAAAUCUUCAACAGGCAACAGCAGUUCUUCUGCAAGAAGAACAAAAGAAGACAGUCAUUGAAGAGUUUCGAGAUGCUACAAUAGUCAGUGACAGUCCAGUUUUUCGAGUUUAUGUCAACCGCAUGGCAAGUGACUUUGCCAAUGACAUUUAGGGAAUUUGCAAGAAUCACAGUAGUAAGUUGUGUGCUCGGUUCAGUGUAAAGUUUGAAAACGAAACUUCAGUUGGCAGUGGUCCUAUGCGAGAAUUUUUCAGCCUAGUAAUGAAAAUGAUUCUUGAUGGUUUUCCACUGGAUGGUGAAGAAAGGCCCAAAACUCUUGUUUUUGAAGGAGAAAAUGACCAUAAAGUUCCUGUAGCCAACUCACUUUUGAAAAGUACAGGCUUCUAUAA